AUGAACGACUUUGACGAGUGCGGCCCGAGCGCAGCCAGCAUGUACCUGCCCGGCUGCGCCUACUAUGUGGCCCCGUCGGACUUCGCGAGCAAGCCGUCUUUCCUUUCGCAACCGUCGUCCUGCCAGAUGACUUUCCCCUACUCUUCCAACCUGGCGCCGCACGUCCAGCCCGCAGGGCCUUUCAGCAGCGUGGCCCCCCAGCGGUCCCGGAAAAAGCGCUGUCCUUACACCAAGUACCAGAUCCGCGAACUGGAACGCGAGUUUUUCUUUAACGUGUACAUAAACAAAGAGAAAAGACUCCAACUCUCUCGGAUGCUCAACCUGACUGACCGGCAAGUCAAAAUCUGGUUCCAAAAUCGCAGGAUGAAAGAAAAGAAACUGAACAGAGAUCGUCUGCAGUAUUUCACUGGAAACCCCUUAUUUUGAGAGCUCCAGGAAGCACCCCCUCCCCAGAGUCCCACUCACCCACCCUCCUCCCCACCAGCCUGCCCUCCGCAGGCCCAAUAUCCUUGGGUUUAAUGACGCCUCUUCUCUGUGGAACUUCACGAUUUCUUCCCACGGUCAACUCGAGACCUCCCAGCGACUGCAGCCUGCGGACGAGGCCGGGGACUUGGCCGAGCGGAUCCUAAUAAGGGGAAAAUGGUAAAUGCGAUCUGUCCCUUUACAGUUUUACCGCCACCUUGCUGUUGUUCCCUCUCCCCCUCUCCAAGUCCUCGUGGGGACGCGGCGGGAUCUGUAGGGAGUUAGGCCGCAGGGCUAGAAGGCGCUGGUGUUUUGUUCUGAGCUUAAGAGACCCCUUCCUUCCCCCUCGGUGAAUGCAGAUUAUUUAAACUCUGGGAAAUGUACCUUUGGUGUGUCAUAUCAAGGCAUGAGUCACUGUCUUUUUUGUGUGAAUAAAUGGUUUCUAGUAAAAA